GAAACACCGAUACUCCGACUUGUCUCACGGGCGUGAUUUGGUAAACGGGGUCUCAAACCCAGACGUGGCUGCUGACUUCGAACCUUCAUCGGGAAGAAACUUUGGAGCAAAUACAGGGCAAAUCGAGGCGAAGAUUCGGCGAGAACUUCUCCCAUUGGCCUAGACCCGGACAGGCACCGGCGCUAACGGUUAUGGCCGUGUUUUAGAGUCCUUUUCAGUGUGUUCUGCUCGGUCAGAAUAUCCUGAAAGAGACGUAUAGUUUGCAGGAACAUCCUCUCUUAGCCAACCAGUUCACCCAGACUUCUCCGCUGACGGGAGAAGGUGAAUCAAUAGACCCCGACUUUCUGCCCGUGGAGGCAAAGAGAGGCUCAACUGGGGGUCUGGCCGGUGGCCUAGUUCCUACAUAAGCCUUGGACCCUGGAACCCUGGACGACCCUUCUAGUUUAUUUUUUUUUCCUUAGUCUUCUCAAGCUCAACUCUUCAUUUGAAUACAGUCACUCUUUUAUCCUAUUUGGACACUUAUUUUUCAAGUCCUACCAUUCGUUUGAUACCCACCUCCAACAUGCAGUUCAAGAUCCUUGCCGCCCUCCUCUUCUCCGCCACGGCCCUGGCUGCUCCCCAGGCCACGGGCACCUCCUCGUCCUCGUCCGACGAGUCUGACCUCCUCGACUCGGUCCCCAACUCUAUCCUGACCGUCAUCGCGACCGCCGUCCCGGCUACCUGGCUGAGCGAAUACAUGGACCCAGUCUCUCGCUCCUCCAUGAUGUCCGAGAUCGCGGCCGGUACCCUCCCCGCCUGGUACAACAGCCUGCCUAGCAGUGUCAAGGCCUGGGCUACCAGCGCCUUUCUCGUUGAUGCCUCUGCUACUGCUGUGACCGGCACCGACGCUGCUACCGGUACUGCUGUCAGCGUUGCGACUGCUACUGACUCGGCUGGUUCCAGUGGUUCUACCACCGGUUCGGCCGAUUCUUCCAGCGCUGCUGUGAGCAGCGCUAUUUCUUCGGCCACGUCUGCCGCUAGCUCAAAGGCUGCUUCGGCUUCGUCUGCUCAUGCUUCCGCUACUUCUACCGGUGGUGCCUCCGUUGCCACCGGUGGUGUUGCUUUGAGCAUGGCUGGUGCGGCUGGUAUCCUGGGCCUUGCUUUGGCUCUGUAGGGGGUUUGUCGUUCGAGAGUGGCUCUGUUAAUAUGAUGUGGAGAUAAUGUAUAUACGGCUAUACCCACAUACAAGCAAUUUUCUUAAUUUUUGAUCAGUCUCCCCCUAGUAUUCAGCUUUUGUGAUUACAAUGUAGACCUUUCAAAAGAGAAAAGGAGACCC